AUGUUAUCAAGAGCGUGUCUGCGCUGCAUAUCAAAAAAGAGAAGAGUGAGUAACCUACAGCUGCUUAUCCCAUCUCCGCAUCUAACAAACAGUGUGACCACCACCGCCCAAUAUGCGGCUCGUGUAGCAAACUGGACCAAAGGUCCCGUCGCCGGUCUAUCCAAAAAGGCUGCACAGAGGGUGCAACAGUGCGAGAACGCUCUUUGGUUCAUUCUUGGCGUCCCAGGGGUCGCCGACGCCGUGCGCCAUGCAGCGGCAGAUAAUACUCGCCCGCUUCCAGACGCACCCACUGUCGCCCUCGACCGAAAGGAGCGCAGCGACUGGUGGGCCGCUUACCCGCUCCAAGCUUGUGCAGACGUCCCGAGCUUCCUAGUCGGCUGCCAGGAGAUCCAAGAUAUCCAUAGUGGGAUAUCACAUUCGGUUGACAAUGCCCGCGACGAGGUAUUCUACACCUCCUUCUCCCCUUCCCCGACACCUCAGGCCGUUCCCGUCACCGAUGCGCUGCCGGGCGACAACUUGUUUGUGACGCCUGGCCAACUUGCGCCAAUAGCAGCGACCGUGCCGUCAAACCUGGCGACAGACGGGGAGCGCGCGGGUACCACUGGUGCACCCUCAUCACCGAUCGACCCCCCGCUGCAGCCCGAGCCAAGUGACUGUCAAUCGCGCACAAUCAACCACGACCCGUCACCGUCACUCUGGCACCUCGCCAAUACGGCGAUCCCGGAUGAAGAGGCCGGUCUCCCCAGCUCCCACGGCACCACGAGUGCGACCGUUCUCCGCGAGAAGCGGCGGAUGCGGGGCAGUUCUGGAACCAUUGCCGGACACCGUGACGGGACUAAAUACGGGGACACACAUAUGCAGGCAACACUUGGACACGAGCAGGGGGGACACGCGACCAGCCCAGAUACGCACGGCCAAGGGAGACAUACAGAUGCGGAGACUUGGUCGAUUGGCCUCGACGUCCAGCCACCGCCUCAUCAACCCUCUCAGUCGCUACUGCAACCACACCUCUACACCCAACCUCCACCACAGCCGCAGGUUGAUAUUCUGUUACCGGCCGGGGCGCAGCAUGAAAAGCGUGCAACAAGCCCAAAACGCACGCGUGCAAAGCGCAAAGCGGACAUCUUCUGGUGA